AUGUCUCGGCUAUUCCAGAUUGUGCGACCCGCCUUCAAGCUCUCCUACCAGAUAGUCCCCGACGGCGAGGAGCCUCUCUACAAGGUCAAGAACCUGCCGCUGCCCGGGAACCGCCCGGAUCUCGCGCUUCACAGCGGGCCUGACCUGGCCACGCCCAUCCUAGUUUCGUGCUACAUGCCCAAGUUCUCGCGGCACUGCAAGAUUGGCUUUGGCGAUCCCACCAGCGGCGAGCCCAUCGUCUGGGAAGACUUUUUCAAGCCCAAGAAGAGCAGCUGCGAGCGCAACAUCUCCGUCUCCUUCUCGAGCGGCGACGUCGUCUCCGAGACGGGCAAAGGCGAGCGAGAGCAGUUCACCUGGAAACGCACCAAUCACGUCUGUGUGCCUGGCAAGAAGUUCCACGCCGCCACUAAGCGGAAUAGAAAGCUCAUUGACGAGCGCGGCGAAGUGGUCGCUAUUUUCACACACGAUUUGAAGGUUGGAGUCGAGGGGUGGCUGCAGAUUAAUGUUGACCGCGGCCGCGACUUUGACGUGCUAGUUAUGAUUACGGUGUUGGCGAUUUGUGAAAAGAUACGACGGCAAUGA